AUGAGUUCAAGCGACCUAGUUGCCAAUAAUCUUCACCACCCACGGCCGACCGUCGCACGAAAUGGCCCGUCUGCUCCUGCAGUAUCUUACUUGACUCAGCCAAGUAUCCGAUAUCCAACUUCGCCUGUUCAGCGGCCUCCGGUGCCCGCACCAGUUUCACCAGAAAUUCGUCCAGCGCUCCAUAACCACUCUUACCCGAAUAAUGUUGGCGCUCAGGGACACUGGAAUGGGCAGCCCGUUCCCGAGAGAUACGACUCGACGAGUCCGACCCUGACUCGCCGCUCGGGCAAGUCGUCGGACGCCACGAGCCCAACGUACACCGACGAACAUGUCAUUCAACAUCACAAUGUUCUCCCGCAUCCUAUCAGACCUGCGGUGCUUCGGGGACGGUCUGCCAGUAGCCCCGAGUACCUCAAAACCACUGGCGGCGCCUAUCAGUCGGAUAACCCCGUUAUCGCUCCUCCAGUUCCAGUCGCACCUCUUCCAGUGAUCGCACCGGUACAGAAGCCUACACGUCAGGGUAGCGGUGGUGUGCAUUUUACGCCCGAUAAUUUAUUCCUAUCAAUUGAUUCAAGCAACAUACUAAAGAUAUAUAAUUUGACUCCUUCGAACAAUGGUCCUAACGUUCUGAUGCAAACAAUCCGAGAGCAAUCAUUGACUUCUUGGGCUCCCGGCGUUGCUUCUGACGAUGAGGGUCGCGGGGAGUGGACUAUCCGCUUUAAUGGAAAGAUCUGGUCCAUAAAAGGGGCCCCAAGCAUUGCCGCACAUCGAAUGAUAGCUAGCAUGUUUGCCGUCUUUGCGUCGCAGGGCUACUCUUAUCUGUGUUCGAUACAUAAUACGCAGUGGAGAAAGACGCCCCGCCAUCUCUUCACUUCAUCUCCACCCUCAUCUCCUCAUUUCUUUACACUGUCCUUUUCUCUCAAUAAACAUAAACUUACUUUUGUGGAUAUACCCACGGACCUCAACGUCGCUGUAUCGAACACUCUCAAGCAUUCCACUUUGUACGAUGUGGAAGAGGUUGAAGACGAGGCGAUGCAGCAGAUGCAUACCCGACCUACAGAGGCGGAGGAAACAGACGAAGACGAAGACGAGAAACACCAGAUUCACGUCUAUCACUUGACCAAACGGGUCAAGGUAUCGCGAUCAAAGCAUGACCCGCAACUGUUCCUGACGCGGAAUGCAGAGGCGGAUAUGCUCAUGCUGACAUCGCAGCUGCUCAAAAUCAUCGCUUCUUUUGGGUAUCGAUUGGACGCCGCUGUACCAUUGGGUCCAGUAGGUCUCUUCGGGCUCAAAGGUCGGCGAGAGCUGUGGGUCUUCAAGUCUAUGGCAUGGAAACCCAGCGAAGACACAAGGCAGUGA